CGCUCAUCCGAUGAAGUUCCCGGAUCAACUCGACCGCCUUUUCACAGAACAUCUCGAUGGACGACAACCUCGACGCGACUCGCUUUCGCGGCAAAAAGGAGGACUGCCGGUCACGUGACUCGUCACGCCAGCGGACGACGGCAUCUCGAUAGGGUCAUAUGCCGCUGCCACCCACACGAACUCGCGGACUCUUCCGACGCUCGAGCGGUGGAGUCCUGGCGCUGAGAUGAACCCGCUGCCCCGGUGUCGGGGAAGGUAUGCGGAAGCGGACUGACGCCGCGCACUCCGCCAGUGAGCUGAAGCAGCGGCCCGGCGAGGAGGCGGUGGGUUGUGACUCGACAGAGGCGCCGACCAUGAAGAGGCGCGUGCGGAGGUCCGGUCUGGCGUCCCGGGUGAAGAGCGCCCUCCUGUGGCUGCUGCUGGUCUACGCAUCCGUCCCGGUCUUGGUCAAACUGUGUCCGUCCAUCCAGGCCAAACUAGUUUUUCUCAACUUUGUGAGGCUGCCCUAUUUCAUCGACCUGCAGCGCCCCCUAGACCAAGGACUCAACCACACACACAACUUUUACCUGGAGCCAGAGGAGGGCCUGAAGAUCGGCGUCUGGCACACGGUCCCGGAUCACAUGUGGCGAGCUGCUGCCGGCCAGGACGGCGAGUGGUUCCACUCCAUGCUGCGAUCCUCUCAUCCUGUCGUCCUUUAUCUCCAUGGCAACGCAGGGACCAGAGGUGGCGACCACCGGGUACAGCUGUACAAGGUCCUCAGCUCGCUGGCCUACCACGUGGUUACCUUCGACUACCGAGGAUGGGGCGACUCGGACGGCUCGCCCUCUGAGGCGGGCAUGACGGUGGACUCUCUCUUCGUCUACACCUGGCUGCGGCAGCGAGUGGAGAAGCGACCGCUGUACAUCUGGGGACACUCUCUGGGGACCGGAGUGGCCACCAACCUGGUGCGGCAGCUGUGUGAGAGAGGAAGCCCUCCAGACGCUCUGGUGCUGGAGUCGCCCUUCACCAACAUCAGGGAGGAGGCCAGGAGUCACCCCUUCUCCACGAUCUACCGCUUCCUGCCUGGCUUUGACUGGUUCUUCUUGGACGCCAUCAGCGAGAACAAUAUCCGCUUCGCCAGCGAUGAGAACGUUCACCACAUCUCCUGCCCGGUGCUGAUCCUCCAUGCAGAAGAUGAUGCAGUGGUUCCGUUUCAUCUGGGUCAAAAGCUGUACCACCAGGCCACCCAGUCCCAGAGUCUGAGCGGUCACAAAGUCCAGUUUGUUCCCUUCCCUGCCAGUCGGAACUACAGGCACAAAUACAUCUACAGGAGCCCGGAGCUGCCGCGCAUUCUGAGGUACCGGCCCCUGGAGCCGCCCCUCCGCCUCCUCUUCUGUGACACUACGCUUCUUCCAGGGAGUUUUGGGGCGCAGCUCCGCCUCCAGGCCCCUGAACACAAGCUGGACUCCGGUGGAUUGAGGCGCAGCGUCCACUUCCUGUUGACAUUCCAGUGAGCUCGACUGCUGCGGUAGUCAUCGAGUCAUGAAUGUGUUUACGGACAGGCGGUAGCAAAAGCCAGUUUGCAGUUGAGUAUUAGGGUCAUUGGAGGAGGCUAUUUUUACCGUAAACGUUUAAUACUGUCUGCUAUUUAUAAAUGGAAGCCAAUUGUUGUGGCAGCUUUCUUCCUCCCAACUGGGCUGAACAUCAGUGCUGGUCCUCUGGAGCGGCGGGGAUUAUGGCUUCCAUCACUAGUGACUGGUCGAGUUGCAUCACGUCACAUGUCAUUGUUGCGCUGGGACACACCAGAAGGCAGAAGCUUGAGAGGACAAGGUUUCUUCAUGAGGUCCUGCCAGCGAUGACGUGUGUGUGUGUGUGAAAGCAAACUCCUCUGUUCCCACCCUUUCUAGAUUGUUGGACUGAACUGUCUGAUUAAACACUUGUGGCUCCA